AAAGGCGACGAAGCUAUUGAAUACAGAACCAAACACAAUGGAAGAACGCUUGGAGCGCGCCUUAUACAUUAAUGCAGCCAUUUCGACGGCUUUGAAAUUGAUGCCUUUGGAGGUUGCUUUGCAGUGUCCGAGUGUGAAAUGGGCAAUAAAACAAGCGGAGUGUUAUAUGGAGGGUGGAACGCCUUCUUUGGACACGCUUGCCAUGUCUCUUUCCGCCUAUGUGCGCCUUGGCCCGAAUGCUGCGGCAGCGCGAACCGAUGCCUUAUGGGAGCGAUACACCAGGGUACACGACAGCGAUGAACUGUGUCGCUGUAUUCUACGCGCUCUUUGUUGGGCAGAGGACCCUUGCUAUGUUGAGAACACCGCAAAGAAGUGCAUUUACAAUGAGGGCAUUCGUGCACAAUACGGUGGGGUGAUCUUUGUGGGGGUUGUUUCUAACCCUUCAAUGCCGAAGGGUUACGCCUGGUCGCUGUUCAAGAAGCACUUUCAGGGGGUGGAAAAGCAAUGGGGAAGUGGAACUUUUCGCAUACAAAACAUCGUGGAGAGUGUUGCUCGCUCCCUUACAGGAGAAACCCAGGCGAAGGAGUUUCAUGAAUUUUUUCAAACCCAUCCACUGCCUCAUGCAAGGUUGGCCAUUCAUCGGGCUGUGGAGGACAUUCGACUGCGUACUUGGCUGAGGUCCAAAUGGGGUGUUGGGACACGUCUGAGUUCCAUUUUCUUUCCACACUAA